AUGUCAAGCGACAGGGACGUUCUCCUCUCCAUGGGCUUCGACCCUGCGCGCGUAGACUGGGCGCUCAAAGCGACCGGGGGGCGGGGGCUGCAGCCGGCGAUGGACCACAUCCUCGAGCACGAGGGCCAGCCGAUCCCCGAUCAGAGUUCUCAAACCGAGACGAGCGCGCCAAGAGACAUGGAUGACGACGAGGACGCGGAGGCCCUGCGCGCCGGCGUAGGUAACGACGCCGAGGCGAAGAGCAUAAAAUGCUCUCUGUGCGGCAAGGUGUUCAAGAACACGGCUUUGGCCAACUUCCACGCGGAGAAGAGCGGGCACGAUCAGUUUGAGGAAUCCACGGAGGAGAUCAAACCGCUCACCGAAGAAGAGAAGAAGCAGAAACUCGCGGAGCUGAAGGAGAAGAUGGCCGCGAAGCGAGCGGCCAAAGCGGCGGAGGAGGCGAAGGAGGCCAAAGCCAACGAGGAGAUCCGGCGCAAGUCAGGCAAGGACAUGUCGCAGGUGAAGGAAGAACUUGCGCUCAAGCAAGCCAUGAAAGAGGCCGAGCAGCGCAAACGAGAAAAAAUCGAAGACGCGAAAGCGCGCGCCGCGAUUAAGGCGCAGAUCGAGGCCGACAAGAAAGCGCGUGCGGAGAGGACGGCGCGGGAGAAGGCGCUGCGCGAAGGGCGGCCCAUCACGGAUAACAUGGCCGGCCAGGCUUCGUCCUCUGCCCCUGCGCCCAAACCCAGCGCUGUGGCGGCGAGCGCCGGCACGGCGGGUCGGGAGUACAAGGAGACGAGGCUGCAGAUCCGCAUGGCGAGCGGCGGGCAGCCGUAUGUUACGACGCUGCCCAGCGAAGCCACACUGCGCGAGGUCGCGGAGUACCUUGCUGGCCAGAACCUUGCCGUGGACGUCGACACCGUCACCUUCGCGCAGCACUUCCCGCGGAAGCAGUUCACCCAAGCGGACUUUGCGAAGACGCUCAAGGACCUCGGGCUCACGCCUUCAGCCGUAUGUUCUGUUGCUGUCCAUCUGUCUGAUCAUCGCUCAACGACACUAAACGUCCACUGA